CGCCACUAUGCUAGCGGUCUAGGAACAGCAACCACGCCAAACUGUCAAUGCCGAGCAACACGAGACAAACCCACAUUAAAGACCUUCACCUCCAUUCUAACGAGGCAGGUGGCAACCAAGUGGCCGCUGGUUAGCAAGAACCGAGCACGCAACAUCGCCAUCGCCAUUGCGACAAGUUGAAGUGAAAGGAUUGAAUCGUACUUAAGUGGAACCCUAAGUACGAGCUGCAUUCUCUACCUCGCCAUCAAGGCAACGAACCUGAUCUCGAGCAGCUCCGCAGCGGACCAAGAGACGAGAAUGGCGGGCGGCGGACCGAGCAUCGGCAGCUACUCGCCCCUCACGGGCUUCGUGUUCAUCUUCAACCUCAUCGUAGGCGCUGGAGCGCUCACUAUUCCGCACGCUUUCGCCAACGUUGGUCUCAUUUACGGGUGCAUUGCGCUGUCCAUCCUAGCGUCAGUCAGCUACGUGACUGCCACGUUCAUGAUCGAGGCCAUCGCGGGCGUCAACGCGCUCAAGCGACGCGCACGAGAACUCGGAGUGGACGCUGCAAAUGGGGACGAAAAGCAGCCGGUGGACGAGCUCAGCGAUAGCGACGACGGCGACGCGCAAACGGAAUUUGUGCCGCUAAUGGUCGCCAAUCAAGUACUAUUGCAUAUUCUAUGGCCAGCAGAUCUCAUGUGUGGACGAUGUCGUCACCGUUUGAUGUGUGUGUUUGAUACUGCAGAAGCAUGACGCACUUGAGCGCAAGUUGCGAGCGAAGAAUACCGAUGUGAGGUUUCACUUCGAUCUGUCUAAAAAGGUAUGUGGACGCUGUUUAGCUUGUGAGACGGUAAAUGAUGAGCUCAGUUAGUGUUUGUGAUAUGCAGAUGGAGCUGGCCGAGAUGGCAGAGCUGCUGUUCAACCACCGAGGGAUUAUUGCGUUCUAUACAUGCAUCACUGUGUAUCUGUACGGUGACUUGGCCAUCUAUGCUGUUGCCGUCCCCAAGUCACUGCGUGAGAUUAUCUGCCCGCGUCCUUCAGCGGAUGCUGUUGUAUGGGAGUGCUCCGACAAGUUCAACAGCUCGGACUUGUAUCGCCUUUUUGUUGUGCUCUUCGGUCUGCUUCUUGGGCCGUUCACGUUCGGCCACGUGCACAAGACGCGCACACUCCAGCUCGUUUCAACAGUCAUUCGUCACGCUUCAUUUGGGCUUAUGAUCGUGCUGGCUAUCAUCGGGAUCUCGCGCGGCCACGGCCGGAGCGUCGCUGACGUCGUAAGCUACGAAAAACCGGCCAACAUUGCCACUUUCUUCGGUGUAUGCAUCUACUCCUUCAUGUGCCACCACAGUGUUCCGGGUCUCGUGGCACCUAUCACGGACAAAUCGAAAGUCGGCAUGGUUCUCGCGUCGGCCUUCAUGGCGGUCCUCAGUGUUUAUUUCGUGCUGUGCGCGUCGGCAACAUUCCGUUUCCAGCCAGAGGACAUCGAGGAUGUGUACACACUCAACUUCAAGAAUUACCCAGUGCAAGCGUUUGGAUACUUUCUGAGUCUAUUCCCAGUGUUCACGCUAAGUGCGAGCUUCCCGCUUAUUUGCAUCACGCUCCGUGAGAAUAUCCGUUACCUCGCGUCGAGCAUGAACGAGUCGGCGCCACUGGGCGAUGCCACUCCAUCGAGAGGGCUGUACGGGUUCCUGGAAACCAACAUGUACGCGCUGGUGGCGCUUCUGCCGCCGCUUGUAGUGGCGUUCUUCACCGAGGAUGUGUCCAUGCUGGUGGGCUUCACAGGCGCGUACGCCGGUUUGGGCAUUCAGGUUGGUGUUGCGUUGAACUUGUGGCUUUGCGUGUUUUCUCAGGGGAACACGUACUCACAACUGCGCGACGUGCUUGUGUGCUUUGUUGCUGUUGCAGUGGAUCGUCCCUACGUUCCUCGUUUUCUGCCUGCGCCGUCGCCUGGCGUCGGAGUGGAAGCAGAUGCAUCCGAUGGAAGUGGGCGCCACGCGUCCAGGUACUCCGGCAGCACGCGGCAACAAGAACCGCUUUGCGAGUCCAUUCGCGCACCAGGCGUGGCUCUAUUUGGUGCUAGCGUUCUCGGUGGUCUCGGUCGUGCUGAUCACGAUCACGCAUGGCAUGCAUUGAAGCCUUGAAGAGGAGGACUCGACAGCAUAUUUCGAUGUAAAAGUUGCAAUGAGCCGCAAGGAAAGAAAAAUUGCAAUACCAACUUGAAGUUGAUCAUUUCCGUGCAUUUGCAUUAUGAGA